CUUGGCGGGCUCGGCAAUUUUAUGUUCCCUGCCAUCAGGAAAAUGUGCCCCGCUAUGAUAGCCUUGCUGAUCUCCUGAAUAAUGUCGAUGUUCUGACUGCAUACCAUACCUUUUCGUCCUAUUUCACAUACUGUCGUUUCCCAAGUUUUAUAUCUUCACCUUCGUUUCAUUCUUCUAUUCAUUAAUCUUCGAUUUUGGGAGGAAAGAUGGGUGUCCGUGAUCUCGUACCACGGCACACGAGGGGAUACUUAUGGAUUGCGUUUCUCGUGGGAGUAUUCAUGUUCAUGGCCAUGAGCGAAAAUGGGAUUUUUUCAACUGAUUCUGUAUUACCGAAUCCUGUUCUGAUUGCGAAGGCGAAUCAGUCACCGUUGGAAGUACGACCUAGCGAUUUUAAGAUGCCGAAAGCUCAAUCUUCAACAUCGACUCCAACUUCGUUAGGAGGUGCUUCACAAACUCCAAUAUCACACACCUCAGAACCAGCAACGAAGAGUACUCCAGUACCAACAAAAGAGCAUCCAAAGACUGAAGAGCUAUCCUUCAACGGCCUCUCCCCCAACGACAUAGCCAUCCUCGUCAAAACCGGCGCAACCUCCAUCUGGCGCCGUAUGCCAGCCCACAUGUCCACCACGCUCUCCAACCCCCUCCUCACCCCCAACAUAAUCUACUACUCCGACUCCUCCGAUAACCUAAACGGCUCCCCGGUCCUCGACGUCCUCGCCAACGUCUCCGCGGCCCUUAAAGCCACCCCAGAUUUCGCCCUCUACACCAAAGCCGCCGAGAUCGCGGACCAGAACCUGUAUCUCGAGUCCGGGUCCAUGGAAGGUGACUUCUACCUCCCGGGCGGCUGGCGGCUGGACAAGUAUAAAUUCGUGCCGAUGUUUCAGCACGUAGCUGCGUACAUGCCCGGCAAGAAAUGGUACGUCUAUAUGGAGGACGAUAAUUAUUUUUUCUGGGAGAAUCUGUUUUCGUGGUUGGGGACGCUGGAUCAUACGGCGCCGCUGUUGGUCGGAUCACCGGCUUUCCGGCUCGGCGAGGAUUUUGCGCAUGGUGGGUCGGGGUUUGCGGUUUCGGGGAAGGCGUUGGAGGUUUCUUUUGGGAGUGAUAAGGGGUUAGCGGGUCAAUUUGAGGAAUAUGCGAAGGAGCAGUGUUGUGGUGAUCAGGUGCUCUCGCAUGUUCUGCAUUCGAAAGGUGUAGAGCGGUAUAAGGAGCUGGAUGGUGGGGGAUGGGCGGGGUUGCAGAGUUUGCCGCAUUGGAGGAUUGGGUUUGGGACGUGGAAUUGGUGUAGUCCGAUUAUGAAUGUGCAUAAAGUGCACCAGAGAGAUAUUUCGCGGCUCUGGGUGUUCGAGAGGGAGUUCAAGGAGGGAGGUGGCAAGAGAUUGAGGUAUAGGGAUGUUUUUGAGGGGAUGGCGAAGGCGGGAAUGCAGAUGGAGAGCAGGAGUGAGUGGGACAAUUAUGCAGCGGCGAAGACGUUUGCUUCUUCUUCCGAUCCAGAUGUCAAUGCGGGUGUGAAUGGAGGGAGUGAGGGAAGCAAGAUUUCGGCAGGAGAAAUGGCGAAGAAACCGUGGUAUAGUAAGGAGGCGUGCAAGAAAGCUUGUGUAGAGUGGGAGCAGUGCUUGACUUGGAAGUACGCAGAUGAUAACUGUGCGUUGGAUCAUACGGCUGCGAUGGGGCAGAAGAUUGAUGCUGGGAUCAGGAUGGAGAGUGGGUGGAUGAUUGAGAGGAUCAAGAAGUUGGAGAAGACGGAGUGUGAAGCGUUGACCUUUUGAUAGGACGAAAGAUUUGAGUUUUGGCUUGCAUUUGAGCGGGAUAAUUGGGUCGCACAUAUUGGAGUUUGGUAAAAUCAUGAAUACCUGGCAUGAUUACAUAUCUAUACAUAGAUGUUGGGAAUAGUACAUUGAAAGUCUAUGGAUCUUUCACAACCUUACAAGUUUCCUUCAAUAACACGUCAUCAAUGCGCUCCAGUAUCC